AUGGCUCGCAAUGAAGAUCGACGAAAUUCUCCUUUUAAUUCAUUUCUUAUCGAUGAUCCAACACCUUCGAACCAUCGAAUUACAAUAGCGAAUGAAGAAGCGUCAACAAUAUGUGUUUCAUGCCAUCAAGAUCUUCGAUCACGUACAUCGAAGAUCUUAGCAUGUCUGCAUUCUGUUUGUAUUCAAUGUUUAGAGAAAUUGAAAGAUGAGUCAUCUGGUGGUACAAUGUAUACAUGUCCAGCAUGUAAUCACAAAAGUCGAGGAGAUACGAUCUGUGAUAACUUGUUUGCUGCGGAUGAAAAUGCUGCAAAUGGAUUGUUUUCACAUUGCAGCAAUUGUGAGGAAGGAAAUGUUGCCGACUGGUAUUGCGAUAAUUGUGUCGACUGGUUAUGCACUCAAUGUAAAAAUGCUCAUGCUCGAGUUCGUCUAACCAAAGAUCAUACGGUCACGCAGAAGAGUACUGAAGAAGCAAAACAAAUUCGAAAAAUGAUGUCCAACGAAAGGUUACUAUGUCAGAUUCACAAAGAAGAGUUAGCUCGAAAUUUUUGUCAGGAUUGUCAAACAUUGACAUGCGAUGAAUGUCAAAUUACUCAACAUAAGAAUCAUCGCUACUCAUUCAUUGACGAAGCGGUACAAAACCAAAAAAGCAACCUGCAAUCCUUAGUCAAUAAAGUCCGUGAUGUUCGACUUAUGCUAAACAAAAUUCAAGCAACUCGAAGUCAACAAAGGUCGGAGAUUGAUCAAACUGAACAACGAGUCAUUGAUGAUAUUAAAUUGUUCGGUUUAAACAUGAUCACGGAAGUAAGCAAAGCAUGCAAACAAUUAAUUAAUGAUACAACAGCUGUAUGCAAUCAAGCACGAACGCAGUUCGUAGAAAAAAAUACACGAUUCGAACAAUAUUUACAAAACAUGGACCAUUCGCUUGAUUUCGUCAAUGACGCUCUUACGACUGGGUCUAAAACGGCAUUCUUGACUUGCAAUCGCGUUAUGUCGAAACGAUUGGAUCAUUUAUUACAUCAAAAUGCGAUCUGGUCGAAAGCAGUCAAUCCGUUUCAAUUAACCUUUACACCGUAUGAUCCUAGAAAUAUUCGCUCGACAAUUACUAGUCUUGGUGUACUAGUACAAAACGGCAAGAAGAGGGGCAAUAAUGGUCGACCAGGAUGUUCUGAAGAACAAAUGAACGGAAUCGAACAAAAAAAACCGAAUAAAUACUCAACUCAAGUAUCAACAAAUGAGAAAGCUGAUAACGAUAUGCAGCCCGCCAUAUUACUUGAUACAAGUGAUGAUUAUUGUGCCGUAUGUCGCUGUGGUGGUGAACUUGUCUGUUGCGAUGCAUGUCCACGUGUUUAUCAUGUGGACUGUCAUGUUCCAUCAUUGAAUGAAGUAUCGAUGAAUGAUAAAUGGAAGUGUAGUCUCUGCUCCGAAGCGAAUAACAAUUCGAAUACCGCGGCAAAACGAAAGCAUGACGAAACAAAUGAGAAAUUAUCAGCUGCAGAACAACACAUUUGCGAAAAAUUAGUUCUACAAAUGUACACACAUCCAUCAAGUGGACCUUUUCAUAAUCCAGUACCAGCCGAUUGUAUUGGUUAUCACAAAGUCAUUGCACGACCAAUCGAUUUGCGUACAAUUAAAGAAAAGAUAAAUUCAUAUGCGAGCAUGAAUGAUUUCUUGGCUGAUGUAUAUUUAAUGUUUCAAAACUGUGCUACAUUCAAUCGACCGGAAUCUGAAAUUGGUAAAUCAGGUCGUGCGCUGAAUAAAUCAUUCGAAGAAUGGUUAGAAAAGUAUGGUCUGCAAAGUCAAAUACCAAUGCCGGAUCGAACAAACAAACGCAAGAAAACAUCCAUACAAAUGCUUGAUCAUGUAUCAUAG